CUUUAUUGUUCUCAUGAUAUCUCUCACGGCUAGAUAUUGGCUUUAACCUUAUAAAUCAACUAUAGCAGCUGCUUCUUGUAUAUCUGAUUCCAGCGUUUACAAAACGUGAGGAAAAAAAAUUGAACUAAACAAGAAGACUGCUGAAUCUGUAGCUUUUCCUACCUAAUUAACAUCAACAAAGAGGAUACUACAGCCUAAAAUGUAUAAAAGAGUGCCAUUGUAUGAAAACAAAGUUUUUUCCCCAGUAGCAUGAACGUUGACCAGAAAUGCUACUGAGCAUGAUUUUUUCGCAGACAAAAGUGUACAAAUGGCAUAUAUUGGAUGAUAACUACAAUGUUCACUGAUAAUAGCUGCUUUGUACAUCAUCUUUGUAUGCAUUGGAUUUUCCUGAGCUACGCCUGGUUUUAUUGAAAGGAACUUCUUGGCUUUCUGGAGUUUUUAAAACAGAGGCUAGUUCAUUAACAACUCACAAAAUCGAAAGCAGCUUUACAUCAUGGCUUCAAUUGUUGCUCCAGUGAGAGACACAAAAUGGCUGACACUAGAAGUGUGCAGGCAGUUUCAGAGAGGGACUUGUUCACGUUCUGAUGAGGAAUGUAAAUUUGCACAUCCAUCCAAAAGCUGCCAAGUUGAAAGCGGAAGAGUGAUUGCCUGCUUUGAUUCCCUAAAGGGCCGUUGCACGAGGGAGAACUGCAAAUAUCUUCACCCACCAACACAUUUGAAAACUCAGCUAGAAAUUAAUGGUAGAAACAACCUGAUCCAACAGAAAACCGCAGCAGCUAUGCUGGCUCAGCAGAUGCAAUUUAUUUUCCCAGGAGCACCUCUUCAGCCAAUGCCAUCAUUUUCAGUAGGACCAACAAUAGGAUCUAAUCCAGCACUAAACUUUUCACCAUAUUUAACUCCGGUUACUUCUGGGGUUGGAUUGGUUCCUACGGAAAUUGUUCCCACACAAUCUGUAAUUGUUCCUGGAAAUCCUGUCUCUGUGUCUGGAUCAACUACAACACAAAAGCUGCUCAGGACAGAUAAACUAGAGGUUUGCCGGGAAUUCCAGCGAGGAAACUGUGCACGGGGUGAAACCGAUUGUCGCUUUGCACAUCCCGCUGACAGCACAAUGAUUGAUACAAAUGACAACACUGUAACUGUUUGUAUGGAUUACAUAAAAGGGCGUUGCCUGAGGGAAAAAUGCAAAUAUUUUCAUCCUCCUGCUCACUUGCAGGCCAAAAUCAAAGCUGCUCAGCACCAGACAAAUCAAGCGGCAGCAGUAGCCCAGGCAGCUGCAACAGUCAUGGGCUUUCCACCUGCUGUCCUUCAUCCUUUACCAAAGAGACAAGCACUUGAGAAAAACAAUGGUGCCAGUGCUGUUUUUAAUCCCAGUUUCUUGCACUACCAACAGGCCCUUGCUAGUGCACAGUUGCAGCAACAUGCAUCAUUUAUUCCCACAGGGUCAGUUUUGUGCAUGACACCUGCUACCAGUAUUGAUAAUCCUGAAAUAGUGAACAGGAAUGGAAUGGAAUGUCAAGAGGCCUUGUUGAGAACAGCAAAGCAUUGUUAUUGUACAUACAACACUGUCUCUUCCUUAACAGAAUUGCCACAAACUGCAUGCUGAGUAAAGAGUUUAUUUAUCUGGACAAAACACACACUUAAGAGCUAGUGCUGCUAUAUCGUAUAUGAAUAUUAAGAUGGUAUGCUUAGUAUAUUCAAAACUAAUCUAGUUAACUACCUGAUGCCAGCUGUGAUGGUUCAAGACAUAAAAGGGUAAUAUUUUACUUUUAAAAGUUUUAUAUAACACUGUUUACUUCUUAGGAAUAUUGUCUUACCACCAUAAAAUAGUGAAUGUAAGUAGUCCCAUUCAUGUAUCGCAGAGUUCACAGUUUUAUGACUUUCAAUGUUAGCAAUAACUGAUUUACAUUGGCCACUAAAUCCAGAAUCUAACUACAUGAAUAGUUUUCCAUGGGAGCUGUUGCUUUGGUUGCAUGUUUCUUCAACUGACCUCCCUGCUCCCCAGUUUGCACAGAGAAAUUCUUUUGAAACUGGACUUUCAAAAGUACUUUGUAAUGCUGCAAAGGAGAAUCUGGUUCCAAUGACGUAGGUCAUAGGAAUUUAAAAACAAAAUACUUUGGGAUAUCAGUGCCACUAGUUGCACUAUGAUGAUUGUUUGGUGACAAAAUAAGUGAUGCGGUGGUGAAAUCACCACUAGAAGUUCCAGAGUAGUUUUCCUACCAUGUUUCCCUGAAAAUA